AUAAUUUAUUUAUAUAGGUGUCUAAUCGAAGAGUUGGCUAAUCGAAAUGAUUAUCGCUCAAAAUGCGCAACGUUGUAAUAUUACCCGACGCGAAGCCGCAUCGUAAUCUAAGAAAAUAUCAGCCGAGUUCCAAUGGGAUUUAUUCUAACCGCCCGUUGCUGUGGAAACGGCAACUUCCCAGGUUCCCAUCCCACGAUACACAACCCCGUCAUUUCGUUAUGUACCUGCAUAUGUUGUAUUUGUAUUGUAUACAUACCUACAUACCUAGAUCACAUCCCACCUUCUUUCUUCCCCACAUCAUGGCGCUCCCGCCUUUUUCGCAGUCAUAAGAUCACACAUUCCAGUUAAAACUGUCGAUCCAAUCCUGCCCUCACCUAUCAAUAAAUGUCGCUCAGCCUCGCCAGCUAGAGUGAGACGUCCGUAGAUAUGGGCGCUCAACAACCCUACUUGUACGAUGCCGAAAGGCGUGACUCUCAAUCCCCCGAGAAACCAUUCGAUCCCAAGGCCAUCACAAGAGCAAGCUGGGAACCGAAACCUAAGAAACAGAAGCAGAAAGGCCCAUUCAUAGCCUUCAACCGACAUCCUGAUGCGCAUGUCGUGCCGACUGGGCGCACUUCAAUGUUCAAGCCUAUGAGCAGCACUACGAAGUGGUGGAUCAAGUUCAUGAGAUAUGUUCAAUUAUUCCUUCGCAUCCUGGAGAUGAUUGGAGGCGGUUGUUUACUCGUCCUCAUGAUACUGAUCUCUAAUGUUGAUCCUCUCGCUUCUUGGGUUAUGAGAAUUACACCUGGUGUUGUAGCUAUUAGUUGUGUCUACGCAAUUUGGCAUCUCAUAAGACCCGCCGGGUCAAGACCACCCGGUUCGUCAGCAGCUUAUCAGAUGUUCGCCGGUGUCACGGACUUGGCAGUUAUACCGCUAUACGCCUUCGGUGUCAUCUCCGUCGUUAACCACGGCAAGGAGUGGGAACUCAUUAUCACGGCUUCGCCCGAACUUACUGACCACCUUAUUCAGAGCGAGUACUUCGCGCUCAUCUGCGCUGGUAGCCUACACGUCGUUUCGCUCUGCAUAUCGAUCUGGUUAUGUCUGAUGUUCCGAAGAAUCGCUGACAUGCCACCGGACUUCAACCCAUUGGAAGACCAUCUUACCUCUCGCGUCAAACAGCACAAGCGGAACAAGUCGUCUGUCGCAACUAGCUACACUGCGGUCUCGGAUGACUCUAAUCGUCUUGAUUCACCUCUCGAAAGCUAUCGUAACUCGGGUGUCCCGUACGAGGACCUCUCGCGACCACCCAGCAUCCCAUUUAUGCACACACGCACCGGUUCCCGAGACUCUUUCGCUUCGUCGAAGCGCGACUCGCGAUGCGACCUCCCUAGCAGACAAUAUCAUAUCACACCGGGCAACUCUCCCCGCAAUAGUGUCGCGGAAUUGAAACGCCUGUCUACCCCACGAGUCGCCCAGCGCGCAAGCUACACCGAGGUCCCGCUGCAUGAGACCGGCGCAGCAUCGCCAUCCUCAUCUCGACCGAGCAGCAUCACCAUCGCCCCAACCCCCUCUCCCCACCAACCCACCAACGCCUCGCCAACCCGCAUCGCCAAGUUCACCGAAGCAUGGUACGCCUCCGAAUCUCUCAUCAACCGCACACAAGAGCGGCAGCGCGCCCUCAAAAUCGCCGAACGCUCGCGCCAGUCCCAGUCCCAGUCCCAGCAGUAUGAGGCCGUGAACCAACGGUACAAUUUCGACGACUCAGACGACGACUCGGACCGAGAGAAUAACGACAUGAUGCGCCCCGACGAGUCCGACCUCGAGGCCGACGAUAUCCCCAGCAGCCCCAUCGACGUCAUGGGUCACCUGCGCCCGAAUCCGCUGCGCUUGAACCCGACUCCCCAGGGGCAGCCGCAGGUCGUGCAAGGCAGAGAUAUUGCAAGUAGACGGAAGACGGCGUUCGAGCCGCUCUCGGAAGUCAGCUACAACACGCGCAGCGUGAGCGGUAGCCAGGACAUCGUGGACGAGAAGGCCAGUCCAACGCGAGCCCCGUCGUUCUGGCGCCGUAGCUUGAUCGUGCCCAAGAGCGGCGGUGCGGGCGGUGCACGCAAUAGGGACUCGUCCAUUCAGCCUGAUGGCGAUUUCUACGCCAAACCAUACGGCGAACUGAAGCCUGCCACGCCACCCGUCAUGCUCGGAGAAAAAGCGGCGAAAACAGGAGGUAAUCGCCAGGUCUCUUCUGGUAACGAUUACGGCGACCUAGGGAGCGGGGACGCGGGUACGUGGAGAAGAAAUGUCAGCGGUAAGAUUGCGGAGGAGGGGCUAGGAGGGAAUAGGUAUUCGCGGUAUAGCAUUCUUAACGAGGAUUAAGGGGACGCGGAAUGCUUUGGAUUGGACAUGUAGGCGGGUUGGUCCGGUGUAGGCUGCUUGGAGUUGUUGUGGUCUUUGGACUUUUUGUUGAUUUCUCCGGAAAGGGGACGGGGAGGGGGAGGCGGUGCGAUUGAUAUGUAAUGAUGACUUCACGGAUGUAAUACUAAGGUAAACGAAACAGGAAUUGGAACUGGAUCUGGAUCUGGAUUUUGGCAGGUCAAAUAGGGCUCUAGUUUCAUGGCGAUAAUGAGGAGUUAAGAUAGUACCUGUGAUGAAUAAGAGAUACGAUACUCUAGGAA